GUAGGUUGGAAUAACUCAGAUAUUUAUGGGGGGAGCUCAAUUUAAAGUUAAACAUUUAUUAAAUUAUAAUGUUUCAAUGCGAUGUCUUUUUUUUUAAGUUUCUGCAUUAUUUGCCUUCCUUUUCCAAAAUGCAGGUUACAGUUCUGUCUGGUUAUUGGGGGUCCAUGACUCUGUCACUUAAACCUGAUCCUUUGUGGGGGGCACUUGUGCCGUUAGACAUAAUGAGAAUCACCCCUCAACUGUGUGACAACUGGGCAAGAACAGGGGCUGAGGGGGAGAAUUGGAGUUGACUAUUGCACUGACUUUAUUAGGCAGAAUAUUCGUAUUAUUACUUUUCGCUCUAUUCAUGUCUCUCACUCACAUCACCAGCAGAAUGUCAGGGCUACUUGGACCCUACGAUUAACCAGAGAGCUGCUGAAAUUCCAUAUGGGACAACUGUGAACAAACACCUCAAUUAUUCUAAGAAGACAGAAAAAAAAAAAGACCAACUGAAAAUUGCUUUGCAAAUUACAGUCAAUAUUACACUUAAUGCGGUGGCCAAUAGGGAGAUUUGUCAUCGAUUAUUUAUCCAUUGGAAAGAACUGAAGUAAAACGGCACAUCACAAGGUCACUAAAGUUGUCUCUAUAGGAAACAUUGUGAUAUUUUGGUUUUACUGCUUAAACUGUAACACAGGAAAAAACACAGGAAAAUGUUAGAGGAUUUCCUUAAAGGGGCAGAACUGAAACAUACUUGUCCCUCCCCCUUAAACAGCCAAAACACACGAGAGACCUAUAGACUCACUUCUGUGUCCCUGACAUUCCCAUCCCCUGUACUCACAUCUCCAGCCUCAUCUACUGGGUUUCCCUCAGCCAAAGUGAAAAUAUUACAGUUUAAAGAAGAAACAGUCCCAAUGGAGAUCUCAGCAGUUGUACCUACUGAUGGAGGUAACUGUUCAAAGGACACAGAGAGGCAGAUCUCUGAAGCACCCAUAGAGUUAAACCAAGAGAAAACUCACAGUCUAGAAACCAGUAAUCUCUCCUAUACACAGAAUGCAGAAAAAAUCCCAUAUCACACAAGGACCCAAAUGUUGAAAAAUGACACUGAUUCAUCUGAGAAUUUACACACAGAGUGUGAGGAAAUUACAAAUAGUAACUUUGCCUCAAGCCAGGAAGACCACAAAUGGAAGGUAAUCUUUAGUUGCACAGAAUCUGGUAAAGAUCUCACACUCCAGACAAUCCAAAGAGGUCAGAAACAGUUCUCUUGUACAGAAUGUGGGAAAGAAUUCUCUAAUAAGUCCAGCCUUCACAAACAUCAGAGAAUCCACACAGGAGAGAAACCUUACUCUUGUACAGAAUGUGGGAAAGAAUUCUCUAAUAAGUCCAGCCUUCUCUCACACCAGAGAAUCCACACAGGAGAGAAACCUUACUCUUGUACAGAAUGUGGGAAAGAAUUCUGUAAUAAGUCCACCCUUCACUCACAUCAGAGAAUCCACACAGGAGAGAACCCUUUCUCUUGUACAGAAUGUGGGAAAGAAUUCUCUAAUAAGUCCAACCUUCACAAACAUCAGAGAAUCCACACAGGAGAGAAACCUUUCUUUUGUACAGAAUGUGGGAACAAAUUCUCUGAAAAGUCCAGCCUUCGCAAACAUCAGAGAAUCCACACAGGAGAGAAACCUUUCUCUUGUACAGAAUGUGGGAAAGAAUUCUCUAAUAAGUCCAGCCUUUACUCACAUCAGAGAAUCCACACAGCAGACAACCCUUUCUCUUGUACAGAAUGUGGGAAAGAAUUCUCUAGUAAAUCCAGCCUUCACUCACACCAGAAAAUCCACACAGGAGAGAAACCUUUCUUUUGUACAGAAUGUGGGAACAAAUUCUCUGAAAAGUCCAGCCUUCGCAAACAUCAGAGAAUCCACACAGGAGAGAAACCUUUCUCUUGUACAGAAUGUGGGAAAGAAUUCUCUAGUAAGGCCAGCCUUUACUCACACCAUACAAUCCACACAGGAGAGAAACCUUUCUCUUGUACAGAAUGUGGGAAAGAAUUCUCUAGUAAGGCCAACCUUUACUCACACCAUACAAUCCACACAGGAGAGAAACCUUUCUCUUGUACAGAAUGUGGGAAAGAAUUCUCUAGUAAAUCCAGCCUUUACUCACACCAUACAAUCCACACAGGAGAGAAACCUUUCUUUUGUACAGAAUGUGGGAACAAAUUCUCUGAAAAGUCCAGCCUUAGCAAACAUCAGAGAAUCCACACAGGAGAGAAACCUUUCUCUUGUACAGAAUGUGGGAAAGAAUUCUCUAAUAAGUCCAACCUUCACUCACACCAGAAAAUCCACACAGGAGAGAAACCUUACUCUUGUACAGAAUGUGGGAAAGAAUUCUCUGAUAAGUCCAGCCUUCGCAAACAUCAGAGAAUCCACACAGGAGAGAAACCUUACUCUUGUACAGAAUGUGGGAAAGAAUUCACUGAUAAGUCCAACCUUCACUCACACCAGAGAAUCCACACAGGAGAGAAACCUUUCUCUUGUACAGAAUGUGGGAAAGAAUUCUCUAAUAAGUCCAGCCUUCACUCACACCAGAGAAUCCACACAGGAGAGAACCCUUUCUCUUGUACAGAAUGUGGGAAAGAAUUCUCUAAUAAGUCCAACCUACACUCACAUCAGAGAAUCCACACAGGAGAGAACCCUUUCUCUUGUACAGAAUGUGGGAAAGAAUUCUCUAAUAAGUCCACCCUUCACUCACAUCAGAGAAUCCACACAGGAGAGAAACCUUACUCUUGUACAGAAUGUGGGAACGAAUUCUCUAAUAAGUCCAACCUUCACUCACAUCAGAGAAUCCACACAGGAGAGAACCCUUUCUCUUGUACAGAAUGUGGGAAAGAAUUCUCUAAUAAGUCCAACCUUCGCAAACAUCAGAGAAUCCACACAGCAGACAACCCUUUCUCUUGUACAGAAUGUGGGAAAGAAUUCUCUAGUAAAUCCAGCCUUCACUCACACCACAAAAUCCACACAGGAGAGAAACCUUUCAUUUGUACAGAAUGUGGGAACAAAUUCUCUGAAAAGUACAGCCUUCGCAAACAUCAGAGAAUCCACACAGGAGAGAAACCUUUCUCUUGUACAGAAUGUGGGAAAGAAUUCUCUAGUAAGGCCAGCCUUUACUCACACCAUACAAUCCAUACAGGAGAGAAACCUUUCUCUUGUACAGAAUGUGGGAAAGAAUUCUCUAGUAAAUCCAGCCUUUACUCACACCAUACAAUCCACACAGGAGAGAAACCUUUCUUUUGUACAGAAUGUGGGAAAAAAUUCUCUGAAAAGUCCAGCCUUCGCAAACAUCAGAGAAUACACACAGGAGAGAAACCUUUCUUUUGUACAGAAUGUGGGAACAAAUUCUCUGAAAAGUCCAGCCUUCGCAAACAUCAGAGAAUCCACACAGGAGAGAAACCUUUCUCUUGUACAGAAUGUGGGAAAGAAUUCUCCAAAAAAUUCAACCUUCACUCACACCAGAGAAUCCACACAGGAGAGAAACCUUACUCUUGUACAGAAUGUGGGAAAGAAUUCUCUAAUAAGUCCAACCUUCACUCACACCAGAAAAUCCACACAGGAGAGAAACCUUACUCUUGUACAGAAUGUGGGAAAGAAUUCUCUGAUAAGUCCAGCCUUCGCAAACAUCAGAGAAUCCACACAGGAGAGAAACCUUACUCUUGUACAGAAUGUGGGAAAGAAUUCUCUAGUAAAUCCAGCCUUCGCUCACACCAUACAAUCCACACAAGAGAGAAACCUUUCUCUUGUACAGAAUGUGGGAAAGAAUUCUCCAAAAAGUCCAGCCUUCACUCACACCAGAAAAUCCACACAGGAGAGAAACCUUUCUUUUGUACAGAAUGUGGGAACAAAUUCUCUGUUGAGUCCAGUUUUCGCAAACAUCAGAGAAUCCACACAGGAGAGAAACCUUUCUCUUGUACAGAAUGUGGGAAAGAAUUCUCUAAUAAGUCCAACCUUCACUCACACCAGAAAAUCCACACAGGAGAGAAACCUUACUCUUGUACAGAAUGUGGGAAAGAAUUCUCUGAUAAGUCCAGCCUUCGCAAACAUCAGAGAAUCCACACAGGAGAGAAACCUUUCUCUUGUACAGAAUGUGGGAAAGAAUUCUCUAGUAAAUCCAGCCUUCACUCACACCAUACAAUCCACACAGGAGAGAAACCUUUCUCUUGUACAGAAUGUGGGAAAGAAUUCUCCAAAAAGUCCAGCCUUCACACACACCAGAAAAUCCACACAGGAGAGAAACCUUUCUUUUGUACAGAAUGUGGGAACAAAUUCUCUGAUGAGUCCAGCCUUCUUAAACAUCAGAGAAUCCACACAGGAGAGAAACCUUUCUCUUGUACAGAAUGUGGGAAAGAAUUCUCUAAUAAGUCCAGCCUUCACAGACACCAGAAAAUCCACACAGGAGAGAAACCUUACUCUUGUACAGAAUGUGGGAAAGAAUUCUCUGAUAAGUCCAGCCUUCUUAAACAUCAGAGAAUCCACACAGGAGAGAAACCUUUCUCUUGUACAAAAUGUGGGAAAGAAUUCUCUGAUGAGUCCAGCCUUCACUCACACCAUACAAUCCACACAGGAGAGAAACCUUACUCUUGUAUAUAAUGUGGGAAAGAAUUCUCUCAAAAAUGUAAACUUCAUUCACACCAAGUCCCAUUAAUCUAAAAUAAUUCAAUUUAGCAAUGGGAAAGGUAAUUUAUGAUUUAUGAUUAUAAUCCACCAUGAUCAGUGUGACAAACACUGAGUGUGACCAAAACCCCCUUCUACUGGCAAACAAGGGAAAAUUGUGCUCAACACUAAUUUUUAAAACCAUUAGGCGGUGGUGCAAUGAGGCUGUGACCACAAAAUACAUAUAGUCAAAUACAGGUAUAAAGAGUCCUCUCUAUCCAUAGCUAACUGACAUCCAAUCCAAGAUGGUGUUUCUUCUUUGUUCUACAUUCCCGCCAAAAAGCUUUAAACAAAGGAGCUCCCAGAAUUUCCCUUCAGAAGAGCUGGACAAACCCCUCCAAGGUAUUUCUCCCUCCCCUAAUGAUGCAGCAGGGCCCCUGCCAAUCAGACCUGCCUGGGUGGGGUUAACAAGAAGCAGGGUUUCGGCCUCCCAGCCAAUCAACCCUAGGGAGUGGGGAAAAGGGCAGGGUCAUCGGACGCAGGGUCGAAAUAGCAGAGGGGAGGGGUGGAGAGUUGUUGUUGUUCGUCUGGGGUGUAACCUGGCUCCGGCAGGACACCCUCCUCUGCGGUUCCUUGGAGUUUAUCCUAGCUGAGGCAGGAAGACUCCCUCCAAUAGUUUGGAUUUCCCUACCUCCCAGAGGACUCUUUAUACCUGGAUUCCUUUGAGGUAUGGUUAUUCUGUGGAUUUACCCAAAGGCACUUUGCUCCUUACCCCUUUGAAAUUGCCCAAAGGAACUCCCUGACUUUGUGUUUGGAUUUGCCUGGAGGGCGUGUGCAUCUUGCUGUGGAUUGCUCCAAGGGAAGCUCUUUAUUUCUGACCGGGAGUGUUUUGGACUUGGGGAUUUCACAUGCUAAUUCCAUGUUCCUGAUCUUGUUUUAUAUCUGAAAUAAACUCCUGUGUAAACUCUU